AUGGCGUCCGUUUGCGGUGGUAGUCUUGCACUAUUGGACGCUGGGGUGCCUAUAUCAGCUUCCGUAGCUGGGGUGGCUAUAGGAUUAAUUACCGAUCGAGAAGCAAGAAAACCUCACAAAGUGUUGACCGACAUCUCGGGCAUUGAGGACUAUGCGGGUGAUAUGGAUUUCAAGAUCGCUGGAUCAUCGCAGGGAUUCACAGCAAUGCAGCUGGAUGUUAAAAUUCCUGGUUUGAGUCGACUUCAACUCAGUGAGGCUCUCUCGAGCGCUAGAGCAGGAAUCAAUCAUGUACUCGACAAGAUGUCUGUCAUACGGGAUACGCCUCGAGAAGAGUUCAAACCGUCAGUACCAGUACUCGAAUCUAUGCGCUUAGAUGCGCACAAAAGGCAAGCUCUAUUCCGUGCUGGUGGAAUGCAUGCGAAAACAGUUGAGGCGGAGACCGGCGUAAAGAUUAGUCUUGAAGACGAUACCCACAUCAAUUUGUUCGCUCCCGACAAACAUCGUUUACAAGACGCGAGAGCGCUUAUUGCGAGGUUGCUCUCCGAGACUGACGAAAUGAUGUUCGCUUUCGGCCAAAUGGUCCAAGCUGAGGUAGUUGAGCUGCAAGAACGUGGAGCUUUGUUACAGUUAGCCGGCAUGGGUCGGCCAAUUUUUGUGCCCAACUCUCAGCUACAUGCUCUCCCUAUUCGACAUUCGUCUGCUAGUGGACUUAAGGUGUAA